GAUUGAGCUACUGGUAUCACAGCAUGUGCUAACUACUUAUACUACACCAUCUGUUCCACUUGCCUUGGUGUGUGAUGCAGACAAUUCCUUUUCCAGACCUGAAGAAGAGCUCUGUGCGUUUGAAAGUUUUUUUUCAGCAGCAGAAGUUGGUCCAGUAGAAGGCAGUACAUUAUCUACCUUGUUUAUCUCAAUAGGAAUCUGAAAAAAGUGGAAAAUCAAGUAAAAUAAACAUAGAAUUACAGGAAGUUGUAUUUGUCAUCCAGAGUCAAAGUAAUUCUUUUCAUUCAAAAAGAGCAGAAGAUUUAGAGCGCAAUAUUUUAAAACAGGCUGAAGAGCUUGGAAAGGAAUUACCUAGAGUUCUGCUUAUUCAUCAGAUGGACAGACAUGAUGGUGCAUGGACCAUACUGCCAUUAAUGCCAGAUUUCUCUGCUUCCUAUGGUAGAAACUCCUCAUGGAUUUUCUUCUGUGAAGAAGAUACAAGAAUACAAAUUGUAAAGCUUCUGGAAACACUAAGAAGAUUUGACAAGUCUAAGGAAUGGUUCUUAGGAAAAGCAUUAUAUGAUGAAGAAUCUACAAUAAUACAUCAUUAUGCCUUUGCUGAAAAUCCUAGUGUCUUUAAAUUUCCAGAUUUUGCUGCUGGCUGGGCACUAAGUAUUCCACUUGUAAACAAGCUUGCAAACAAGUUGAAAAGUGAACCACUUAAAUCAGACUUUACAAUAGAUUUAAAACAUGAGAUUGCAUUAUAUAUUUGGCAGAAAGGCAAUGGACCACAUCUCACUCCAGUGCCUGAAUUUUGUACAGAUGAUUUGAACUCUCACUGUGCCACAACAUUCAAUAACUUCCUACCAGUUUGUGGAGACCCAGUGAAGAAGGAGGAUAUAUUUGUUGCUAUAAAAACAUGCCAAAAAUUUCACAGAGACAGAAUACCGAUUGUAAAGCAAACUUGGGAAAGUGAGGCUGCCCUUGUUGAAUACUACAGUGAUUAUGCAGAGACCUCCAUUCCUACUAUAGAUUUAGGAGUACCUAAUACUGAAAGAGGUCAUUGUGGGAAGACUUUUGCCAUUUUGGAAAGAUUUUUGAAUAGUAACGCUUCGAAAACACCAUGGUUAGUCAUUGUUGAUGAUGACACCUUAAUAAGUGUAUAUAGGCUCCGGAAAUUACUCAGCUGCUAUGACCCUAAUGAACCAGUGUUUCUUGGAGAGCGUUAUGGCUACGGACUAGGAACAGGAGGAUACAGUUAUAUCACUGGCGGAGGAGGGAUGGUUUUCAGCAGAGAAGCAAUCCAAAAAUUACUUGCCAGUAAAUGCCAAUGUUACAGCAAUGAUGCUCCAGAUGAUAUGGUCCUUGGAAUGUGUUUCAGUGGUUUAGGAAUCCCCAUAACACACAGUCCACUUUUCCAUCAGGCAAGACCAAUGGACUAUCCAAAGGGCUACCUUGCUCACCAAAUUCCAAUAUCAUUUCACAAGCAUUGGAACAUUGAUCCAGUGAAGGUAUAUUUCACAUGGCUAGCACCAAAGAUGGAAGAUUCAUUUACUGAAAAAAAACAGAGGCAUAUUAGGGAAGAUUUAUAAUAUAUUAAAGAUUUUAAAUCUCAAUAAUGUACUGCAAAUUAGUGAGAGGCAGACUGUACUGCAGUUUUGAUGUUGUGUUGUACUACUUGUCUGCCAUAUUGCAUAGAAUACUUAUUUUUCAGUCCAAUACAUGUUGCACUUGUUAGAAAAGGAAGAGGGACACAGCUUAAUUGUGUGCGUGUGUAUUGAUGGCUUACUUUGGAAAUACUUUUGAAUUUUUAAUCUUGUGACCAUUGUAUUUUAACAUGUUUAAUGUACAAUAUUUGUAUAUGUUCUUGUUUGGAAUUUUUUGUCAAACACCAGCAAUUCACAUUUCUGUUUUCUUCAUUAUUUACUAGUUCCCUAUUUAGGGGCCUAAUUCUAGAAGGUAAUAAAUAUGUACACAGCCCAUUGAUUUCAGAUGAACUGCUGGGCUCUUGAAAUCAGUCUGAAUCAGGCCUUAAAUAAUGAAAUGAUAAGGAACUGUGACUGUUUUUCAAUAAACAGUGGCCUGGAAAGAAAAAGUUAUGUUCUGUACUUUGUAUUGCUUUCAAAUAGAGAUGUUGCAGAUACAUGGGACAAAUGACUCCCUUUUGAGUUUGAUUUACUAUUUCACCUUUGAUCAGGUUAGUUUUUGUAAGAAAUAUUGCCUUAGGAAAUCCAAAGGAAGGUCUGGGAUUCUUUAACCCUGGAAGUCACCAUGGUUCAUUUAAAAACCUGGUGAUACUUUCUCUCUUUGGCAAAUACAAAUGUUUGAGACUAAGAAAUUUUUUAAAAUCUAAUGUUUAAAUAUUUAUAAUGUUCACAUCACCAUAUUAUCUAAGUGCCAAGCUAAAAAUUAGUUUGUAACAUCCAUACAUAACGUAUAUCCAUACAUAUCUACAGUAUAUACAAUACAAAAAAGUAAUGUGACCUAUAUUAACACGCAAAGAGUGCUGCAUACAGGUUGAACCUCCUAAAUCCAGGAUUCUCUGGUCCGGCAACAUCUGUGGCCCAGCAAGCGCCCAGGAGUGCAAGCCAGUGGAGAGCCUCAGCUACACAGGGCAGCAGCGGGACUGGCAGGCUCAAUCCCCAGGGAGCCCCGACCAGGUUGGAGCAGCAGUGGGACCAGCAAGCCCCAUCCCUGGGAAGCCCUAGCCACGUGAGGCAGCAGUGGGGCAGCCAGGGAACCCCGUCCCCAGGAAGCUUGGCCAGGCAUGGCAGCAGGGGGACCCCAUCCCCCCAUCCCCCAGAAGCCCCGACUGGGCGCAGCAGCAGGACAGCCAGCAGCUGGGGAGGCCUGUCCCUGGAGAGCCAGGAGUCAGCUGGCAGCAGUGUACCUAGCCCAAGUCCUAUAGCAGCAGGGCUGGAGCCCAGUGGCACGUGGGCCAGAGCAGAGCCAGAUGGAGGGAGGGGCAGUGCCCUGGGAGGCUGGUGGCAGGGGAUCUUCCCUGAUCCAGCAAAUUUCCUCAUACAGGAUAGGUCAGGUCCCCAGGGUGCCAAAUGAGGGAGGUCCAACCUGUCUUUUAAUUUUUUUGUUUUUACGUAUAAUUCAGUUUUGUAACGAUAUUUGUAUAAAAUCUGGCUUUAGUGUGUUCUAAACUAAUACUUAAAUAGUAAAGCAUUUUCCCCUUUUAAGACAACAGCAUAUGGUGUGUAUAUGGUGUUAUCUGACUUUGUUUGCUAUAUUGUAACCAAAUGCAGGGUUUUAAAGCCAUAUUAGUGAAACUGUUUAUUUGUACAUAUUUUUAAAAUAUUUUCUGUAGUUCAGUACUUCAGUUCCAAAGUAAUGCAAUACUUAAAUGAGGAAGUGAUUUAGUAAUCACUGAGAAGUAUGCACAUUUUGGUGAAUGUAACUUGUGGAUUUUAAGCAUUUGAAUAGUGAUCACAUUCAUAGUGGUUUAAAAUAAUGUUCCAAUAGAUGCAACCAAUGUAAUAUAACUUUUUCUUUCCACUACCAGUGCCUUAAAUCAGUAGACAUUUCUACUGAUACCAGAGCUACAUUUUUUUUGGUACUGUGGAUGUUAAUUAGGAUUAUUGUUUAGAACUGUGAGAGCCUAAAACUGAAUAAAAACAUACUUGUUUAAA